AGUACGCGUCCGUGGCAGUGUGUGCCUCAGUAGGCCACUGACUGUUAUAUCGAAUGCAUUGUCGGUACUCCGCAAUGGCGGCAACUUUUAUGUUUACACGUUGCCACGGACGCGUACGUAUAGAUAGAAUUCAAUGUAUUAGCGCGAAGUAAUUUUGCUAAUAUCUUGAUCGAUAAUUUUAUCGAAAGAAAACGUUGUUCAAAAUUUUAUCCUUUAUAACAUAUUUAAAAAUCAUCGAUAUCGGCGAUCAGGUAAUCGAGUACUCCGAUCAAUUUUUAUUCGAUGAAGUAUAAUCAUUAACGCACGAUAAAAGGCGCGAAUAUGGUUUUCUGCCAAGAAAACUUGGAAACGAUUAUGCGAUCGACGUUUGGCUUUGAAAACUUCAAGAAUGCCAUUCAGAAAGAAGCUGCUAUCGCGAUCGGUAAAGGCUCGGAAUAUGUAUGUAUAUCCAUGCCACCGAAAUUUGGUAGGAAUCUUUGUUUUCAAUUACCAAUCGUAUUGCAACAGGGCAAAGUCAGUUUGGUGUUUUCACCAAACAUAUCUUACAAUCAGAAACAUGUAGAUUUUUUAAGGAGCAAACAGAUUAAUGCACACGUAUUAACUUCGCGUAUGUAUGCUAACAAACGAAAUGCCAUUGUAAAAGAUUUAACAUCUAUAUGUCCUACGAUAGCAUUACUAUAUUGCACACCUGACUUGAUUAAAUAUGGGUACUUUCAGUACUUGAUGUUUUCUCUAACAUCUCGUGGAAUAUUGUCUUACAUUGUAUUCAACGAGGCUCAUCGUUUAAGCGAGUGGGGAUACGAUUAUACAGUUAGUUACCAAGGAUUGUGUUUAUUUCAUAUAUCCAUUCCUAAAGUUGUAGUUACUACAACCGUUACAGAUAAGGUACUGGAAGAUAUUUGCAAAUUGUUAAAACUACAUGCACCAAAAAUAUUUAAAAUACCGGUAGAAAGAAUCAAUGUACAUCACGAUGUAUGGUUUUUAGACAUGAUUUCUUGUCCGUUCGAGCAUCUUAGAGAUUUUAUCAUAAAAGCGCUUGGUACAUUGAAUGUAUCCGAUCAAAAGAUGGGUCUUGUUUACUGUAGAGAAGAAACCAUGGCGGAGUUGAUAAAGUGUAAAUUAAACACUUUUGGUAUAAGUACGCUUGCGUAUCACCACAAGCUAAAUAAUACCGCUCGACGUAACGUAGAAAAUAAGUGGAUAUCUGGAGAUGCUAAGAUUAUUAUCACCACGUACAAUUAUGGAUUCAUUCAUAAAAAACCAAUUAGAUGUCUAGUGUAUUGGACAGUGCCUGGAAACAUUGCCAAAUACUAUAGAGAAUCCGCAGAAAUGUGUAUGGACAAUGACGUCGCAUAUUGUAGAAUAUAUUUUAGUACAAAGGAAUAUUCUUCUGUGAAAUUUGUUAUCGAAAAUCACAGAACCAUUAAAAAUCCAGAGCAUAUCGAGAAACGAUUAAACGAGUACAACAAAUUUGUGUCCUACUGUUUGUUGACUAAAUGUCGCCAUACGAUCAUUAGCGAAUAUUUCGGAUAUAUUACACAGCCUUGCAUAACGGACUGCGAUGUUUGUAAAAACAAGGGGGAAGUAAAAAGAAGAUUGCUCCAGUUUAUCGAGCAUUCCGAAAAUGUGAAAAAAAUUAAAUACAACAUUUACGAUGUAAACGAGGAUUUGAUAAAAAAAGAAAAUAUAGAAGAUGAUAAAGAUCGAUUGGAGGAAAGUUCAGAAAAUAAAUGCAAAGUCGAAAUUACGUUUAAAGAUAUUGUUACGGUCGAAAACGAUGAAAAAGUAAUUGUACAAUGUGAUAAUGAGCAAAAACCAACGGCCCAAUCGUUGGCAGGCAAAUGCAACAUUAAUUUGAAGAUGUUAUCGUUGGAACCUUGUGGUUUCAAGAAUAACGUUGGAAAGAACUCUGCCAGAAGAAGUAAUUUGAGAAGGCAGUCGAGAAUCGAGAGCUUAAAUAGCGACGGUGGCGCGCAGAAGAUUAAAAAAGAGGAUCGAAGUUCAGACAACGAUCUUUGCGAGGCUACCGGUGCCUUUGAUACAAGAGAACAAACCAAAAGAAAAAUGAAACGUUCGAUUUCCAUGGACACGUGUCCCGACGAGUUGAAGCCAAAAAGAAGAAAAUUGAAAACCGAAAAUAAAUCAACCAGCGUGACACUGAUACAGAAAGAUAGAGAAACUUCUGACUGGGACAAACGCAUCAAGGAUGACGCAAAUGAAAGCGUGGAACAUUUGAUGGACAAAUACAAGUUGAACAAGGAUUUGAUAACGCUGACGCUGCGUUAAUUGAUGUAUUCAUCAAAGAACUAAUGAUAAAGUGGAAACUUAAAUAAUAAUUGUAUUGAUUUUGUAAAGAUACGCUUUGAUUAUCUUGUCGAAUAUGUGGUAAUUAUUUAGAAAAGGGGGGCCCCACCGAUUUCGAUGAUUUUUUAAUAUGUGUAGAAAUCAUUUUGAACAACUUUUUUCUGUACAUAUAAACGCCUUAGUUUUCGAGAUUUUUCUUCGAAAAGAUUGCUGCUACUACAAUCCUAACCCAGACCUAAUCCAGACCUAACCCAGAUGUACAUGUCUGUGACUUUGUAUGCGUCAGAUUUUUUCUCUUGUUUGUAUUAUAAUUUGUAAUAAUUUAUAACGUGUCAAGCUAAAUCUAGUUCUGCAUUGAUAUCGUUAUUAAACGCAUUGCUGUCAAAGGUUUUCGAAUACUUCGAAGUGUAGAAAUAUGGAAACUAAUGGUGUAUAUAUGGUGAAUAGGAAAAAGUUGUUCAAAAAUCAUCGAAAUCGGUGAGA